AUGACAAUAGGACAUCUAUAUGAGAAAAUAUGCGAAUAUCUUUUACGAAGAUAUCUACUGAAAUUUCAUGGUCUAUGCACGUCUGCUCUAGCUGGAUGUGAUGUGUUUCAACAUUCGAGCGCAAAAGUAUUUACCUAUUUAGAAUGUCUGGCAUUCGUAGCAACACAAUCGCAUGAAUUCGCCAUUACUGGUCAUCAAAUUUCAAAUGUAACAGGUGCACUAUUUUUGCCAUUGCUUCAGCUUGGUCUACUUAAACAAAAGUCGCGAGAUCAUACACCUGUACUUGUCGAACGUAUCUACUAUUUUAUCCAUCGUAGUUUUCAAGAAUAUCUCUGUGCUCGCUAUAUGAGACGAGUAUUGACAUCGGUCUAUUCAGCAGAACAAGAUGAUGUAGUGAAGUUCAUUACCGAGGAAAAAUAUAAUCGUUGCAUGCGAGAUACAUUUGACUACUUUUUCGGUUUAGAUCGCUCAAGUUCGUGUACCGAUAAAUUUUGGUCAGCCGUUGAUUGUGAGCCACGUGAUUUAAUCGGACUUCGACAUUUUUCUCGUAUUAGGGCGUGGUUUCCUUAUGGAAGCGGUAGCUUUACUUUUGACGAUAAAAAUAAGAUUAAUAAGAGAACCAUAGAUGCCAUACAAGAAUGGAUAUUGAAGGAAGAUCGUCGACCACAUGACUAUGGCAAUACAUAUAUAUUCGACUGGUUCGCUUAUGUGAUUGAUAAGGAAGUCUGGUUAAAAGCAUGGAAAAACGAUUUGCUCGAAAAAACUUCAUCAAAUCGUCGUUACUUCGCAUCUGACUUGUGGUCAGAGAUGAAUAUUACUGUCCUCAGAAACAUUUAUGACACAAUUCCAGAAAAUGUGCAAACACUAUAUCUACUAAUCAAGAAUGGACCCAUUGAACGCAAUCUUAAAUCAUUACAGAUCAAUACCGAUUUAUUCCCUCCGCCAGUUUUUGACAAACAGAUCAAAAUACAGAAAUUCAUAAAGGAAGCUCAGGAUAAAGCCAAACGACGCGAAUCGAUUACGAUACCAGAAGAAUUUCGAAGAAUUUUACAUGAUUAUUCUUCUUACGCCAAAUUGAAUCGUCAAACAACGUUAUGUGAUGAAGACACAUGGCCACUAUUGAUCGCUCCAUCUGCUUUAAUUAAUAUUGAUGAUGAAACUUUAGAACUCAUUUUACGACUAUCUCAACAGGAUACACUCUUUUAUCGUGAUUUUACGUUACCCAUCAUUCCUUUUCUUAAACUGUAUGGCAAUUCAACAGGUUUCAAUGAAAACACGCUUUGUUUACUCAUUGUAUCGAUUGCGCUCUCCAGCAGUUGUAUUGUUACAGCACCACCUGGACAAAUAACUUCGAUCCGAGUUUAUGAGAAUGACACUUUUGUUGACAUUGAAUUAGGUCAAAAUCGGCGAUCAGCAUUAAUUCUCGAAUUCGAUAGAAUUCGACACAAUUAUGGAUAUUCUGCAUCUUUUUUGCUGAACUGA